AUGUGUGUUUGGAGUCUAUUCCAGCUCCUUGUCGCGUUCGCCCUCGACCUUCUGACGUUGUUGCUGGAUGUACGCACGGUUCAACUGCCUACCCUCGACAGCAUUCUCGACAGCCACAAUCGAAGAAAGAAACAAAAGUUGACGGCAGACCACGUCGAUCAAUCGCCACCUCAAUUUGCUGAAACCCAAUGUGAGAAGGAUACACAAGCUCUCCCUGUCACUUCUGACCAAGAGACCGCUUCCGAUCUGACACCAGUUGAGAUCCAUGCCCGAUUUGAGGCAGAGUUUCAUCGACGCAAAGCCCUGGGAAAGAGAGAGCGAAUCGGUCUUCUUAAGAGCUCAGGCACUCCUGCCAGCAUGGUUGGCAUGAAGAAGGUCCUUAACGACAUGAAUAAGCAAGUUCUUGGGAUGAAAGAUAUGCUCCGCACGCAUUACCAGGAACAGCUACAAGACACGGAACCGAGCAAUAGCGAGUCAGAAGCCAUUGUUGACGCCUUGAAUUAUGUAGAGCUGACACUGGAACAAAUUUCUUGUGCUCUCGGACACCUUGGAGGCCGGGAUUUUGAAUGCAUUCACCUCUACUAUAGUUUUGCAAUUACGUUCAUGGGGCCAGUCGCCAAAACAUGCAUGAUGGUAGCAUCAAGAGGAGCGAUGGAGGCUCAACAUCACGACGGUGCUGUCGAAAAGUCUGAUGGCUUCCAUGAGGGAUCUCGUGACUCUGAGCCGCCUCAGACAAAGUCCAAUGCACCAGUCGAUGACAAGCUGACAGAGAUCGCGCGAGAUGUCGGGUUUCUCAGAUCAGCGCUCGACAACCAGGGAGCGCAUUCCGAAGAAAACGCUAAACCUCAAAUUCCGCCUUUCCCAUACCAGAUCCGCUUACCCAAGAAGUACAUUGCAGUUGGGCAUUAUCGUCCACGAAGAUACGUUGAAGUUGUCGAGGUCGAUGAUGACUAUGAGGCCAUGCAUGAUGUUGUUUCAACGAAGACCUCGGCAGCAGAAGUGACUGCCCGACCUGCAUCUGCAAGCCUGGCUUCUACUCAACCUGCUUCUACUCAACCUGCUUCUACUCAACCUGCCUCUACUCAACCUGCCUCUACUCAACCUGCCUCUACCCAAGCGACUGAUAGCUCAGAAAACACCCCAACAACAGGCAUGCCCGAGGAGAACACCGCACCUGCCGCUACCGACAAUCAAGCCAAAUUUCCAGGUUUCGGUCGCGAUACUCGCAAAGAUGGCACGUACAGUUUCAGAUGGACAGCGCCGCUUGCAGGCAUCAAAUUUCCCUUCAAAUGGGAAGGAUUCUAGUAGAGCGAUGAAGGUGGUUGUGUUGAGAAAGCCGUAGGGAUAAAAGAUAUGAUAGUAAGAAUC